UGUAGUUGAAAGGCAUAAUUUAUUAAACAGUAUUUUCCCAAAGCAUGCUGUUUUUUAAUGUUUUGAAUUAUAACAAGGAAUAAAAUGACGUUAGCUACUAAAAUUGAAUUUAAGAAACUGUGCAAUGUCUUAGAAGAAAUUGAAGAAGCAUCCUCUGCUAGGAAAGUUGAUCUAUUAGAAAAAUUUAUUCAGCAAUGUCGUCUUAUCAGCUACAAACUAAAAGCAGAAUCUCCAGAUAUGGAUGUUUCACUUUAUCCUAUUAUGAGACUAAUAUUGCCUCAUCUUGAACGAGAACGAAGACCCCAUAAUUUAAAGGAAAAAUCGCUCGCCGCUCUUUACAUUCGUGUAUUUUGUUUGGGUAAAAAUAGCCGGGAUGCAAAAGAACUUACGCAAUACAAAGCACCAGGAAGGAAAAGAAGUGCUGGACGUGAUUUUGCAGGAAGAGCUUAUUAUAUUUUGAAGAAACAUUUACCAUGUGAUAGCUCUAAUUUCAAAAUAGAACAGAUUAAUAAAUUUCUUGAUGAUAUAUCAGUACAAAACGGAACUAAGGACCAAGUAUUUAAGAUUUUGUUGAAGCAAAUAAAUGCAUUAGAAUUUAAGUGGAUAACGCGAAUCAUUGUAAAAGAUUUAAAACUUGGUAUGGGGACAACGAAGAUAUUACAAGUGUUUCAUCCUGAUGCAAAUGGAUUGUUUGAAGUAUCAUCUAAUUUGCGUAAAGUUUGUGAUACAUUAUAUGAUCCACAUUUGAGAUAUGAUCAUAGUAUUCAGGUUUUUUCUCAUUUCAAGCCUAUGUUGUUGGAAAGAUACAAGAUUGAAGAUGUAGAGAAGCUUUUUGCUUCGAACAAGGAGUAUUUUGUACAAAAUAAGUAUGAUGGUGAACGAUCUCAGAUGCAUAUGAAAGAUGGCAAAUAUAAAUAUUUUACAAGACAGGGAUUUGAUAUUACAAAUAAUUCUAGUUAUGGGAAAGAUAGUUCUUCGGGUUUUAUGAGUAGUGUAUUUGGUCGAUUGUUGAAUCCACAAUGUAAAUCAAUAAUUCUGGAUGGAGAACUGAUGGGCUGGCAUAAAGAAAAGAAACUAUUUGGUUCAAAAGGAAUGAGUUUUGACGUUAAAAAGCUGUCAGAAAAUAGUCAUCAUCAACCAUGUUUUGUUGCAUUUGAUAUUAUUAUGUAUAAUGAUACUUUGCUUGAUAAAGAACCUUACUCAAAAAGGCUAGAAAUUUUAAAAGAUGCAUUUAAGGAAGAAGAGGGAUGUCUAAUAUUAUGUAAAUUUAAUAAAAUUUCUAACAGUGAAGAAUUACGUAAAGUGUUUAAUGAAAGCAUUAGAAACAAGGAAGAAGGGAUUGUGUUAAAAGAAUGCAAUAAUAAAUAUAAACCAAAUGUUCGAGAUGGUAGUGGCUGUUACAAAAUAAAAGCUGAGUUCUCUGAUGAUUUAGUGCAAGAUGUAGAUUUAAUUAUUCUUGGUGGUUAUUAUGGCGAAGGAAGAUGCAUUGGUUUGAUGAAAAGCUUCUUAAUGGGAGUAGCUUCACCAUCAGCUGUUCCAGGCGAGAAUCCUUCAGAAUUUUUUGCUGUUGUAUCUGUUAGCAGUGGUUUGAUUAUGGAAGCAUUGAAGGAUAUUUGGGAAAUGUUUAAGGAGAAGUGGCAAACAACAUGUCCUGCAAAUGUGAUUCCUCCCAAGCGUGAAUUACCAGAUAAAUGGAUCCGGCCUGAGGACUCCAUUAUUUUAACAAUACGAGCUUCAGAAAUGACAGUAAGCAAUGAUUAUCCAACAGGAUAUAGUUUACGAUUUCCUAGAGUCAUGCAAGUUAGAACUGAUAAACCAUGGUACAGUGUUUGCACCACAAAGGAACUCUUAUCUUUAAUCAAGGAUACACGACCAAUUCAAAAACUAACGAAACGAGAAGUAGACCACGAGGAUACAGAGGAGUCUCCUAAAGUCAAAGUACGCAAAUCAACACAAUAUCUUCCACAGAAACUCGAAGCUAAAUUUACGAAAAUGGAGACUUGUGAAGAUACAUCAACAGCUUGUCUUACUCGACUUUUUGAUGAUAGAGAAAUUUGUGUGAUAAAUGGAAAUGACGAGUUGCCUAAAGAACGAAUUGAAAAAAUUCUUUCACAACAUAAAGCGAAGGUUGUACAAAGCCCUUCGAAAAACAAUUAUUGUAUCAUUGUUGGCAAUGCUAAAACGGCAAGGGCAGCGAAUAUCAUAGAAAGUAAAAAAUAUGACGUAGUGACGUUAGAUUGGUUCAAACGAGUUACCAAAGAAGAAAAUUGGCCAUGCUUACAAGACUUUUUACCGUGGGAUUUAAUAGCCUGUCGUGAAUCGACGAAGCAACGUUUAAUGCUAUAUUAUGACGAUUAUUAUGAUAGUUUUACUAUUGAUGCGAACGAAGAGAGUCUGUUAAGUUCAUUUAAAAAGAUCGAAGAAGAGGGAACAGCACAAGAACUCGAUUGUGCGCAAAUGAAAGAAAUAGAUAAAGAAUUAUUUGAUAAUGGAGUAUCACCCUAUUCCAUUUUCAGAGGCAUAGUGGCUUACUUUGACGAUCCGUUAAAUGGAUUAAAAGUCGAGUUCCGUUUUAUGGCUGGAACUAUUAAAGAAACUCUUGACGACUCUGUUACACACGUGUUUGUCAGCAAAGGUUCUGUAAGUCCUGAAUUGCAAAGCUUAAUCAAAGAUAAAUCACGGGAGUCGUUAACAGUUGUUAAAAGCGAAUGGAUUGAAAAAUGUUUCGAGCAAGGUGAUAUUAUUUCAACCACCGCAUAUCUAAUUUAGCAAUGUAAUAUAAUUAUGAUUUGUAUAUAGUAAGAACUGUAAGUAACGGGUUCUGUAUGAAUGUUAAAUUAUCUUUAUGUAUGUUUGUAC